ACCCAGGCGACGACUCCCGCUGCGAGCUGGUGUUUGGUAGCCGCCGUUAGCUUAGCCUCGCCGACUGUAAGUAAUACAGCGACCGCUAAAACCUUCACAAAGUAAACAUUUGUACUAAUUCCUCGGAGCGGUGGACCGCUAGCUAGCACGAAGCUAACGCUAGCUGAGCAGGUCCAACACAUACACCCCCCCCCCCUCCCCCCAGCCCAACAUGGCCGACAUCAAGAACUUCCUGUACGCCUGGUGUGGAAAAAAGAAGCUGACUCCCAGCUACGACAUCCGAGCCGUGGGGAACAAGAACCGGCAGAAGUUCAUGUGCGAGGUCCGCGUGGACACCUACAACUACAUCGGGAUGGGAAACUCCACCAACAAGAAGGACGCUCAGACCAACGCCGCCAGAGACUUUGUCAACUACCUGGUCCGCAUCGGGGAGAUGAACGCUGCCGAGGUCCCGGCUCCAGGGGUGAGCGCUUCAGGUGGAGACCAACCCCAUGAUGAUGGAGGACCAGCAGCAGGAGGUGGAGCAGGAGUCGGCUUUGGAAGCCUCCCCUCCAGCGGUCCGCUGCCACCUCAUCUCGUAUUGAAGACUGAGAAAGAAGAGGCCGCCUGCAGUGGGCCGAUACCAGGAGUGACUGGACUCGGCUACUCAGGAGGACGGAACUCUGGGUGGGGAGGAGGAGGAGGAGGAGGAGGAGCAGAAUGGGAGCGAGGAGCCAACCUGAAGGAGUACUACGUCAAGAGGGACGAACAGGAAGCGCAAGCGACUCUGGAGUCGGAGGAGGUGGACCUGAAUGCUAGUCUCCAUGGCAACUGGACCCUGGAGAAUGCCAAGGCCCGCCUGAACCAGUUCUUCCAGAAGGAGAAGACCAGCGCAGAGUACAAAUACAGCCAAGUGGGACCGGACCACAACAGAUGUCUCUACGUGUUGCUGUGCGGAGUAGUGAGUGGCUCUGAAUGGCGGGUCACGAUGUCCCGGGCCGACAGCUCGCUGCCUCACUCACCACAAGUCCGGCAGAAAAACAUACAGCUCCUCCUCCUCCCGAGGGAGCUUCAUCGCAGAGAUGCAGCUGUUUGUCAGACAGCUGGGAAGAAGGAUCACGGCGCGAGAGCACGGCUCCAACAAGAAGCUGGCGGCCCAGUCGUGCGCCCUGUCUCUGGUCCGGCAGCUGUUCCACCUGGGGGUCCUGGAGGCCUUCUCAGGGGUCACCAAGAAGAAGGAGGGAGAGACUCUGGAGGCCUUCGAGGUCACCGUGUCUCCGGACCUGCAGCAGCAGCUGGCCACCGUCGUCCAGCAGCUCGGAGUCCACGUCCCCCCUCGGCCGGCGGACCCCUCCGACUCGGUGUCUCUGAUUCAGGGGAAGUUGGCCACGUUUGAGCCGUCCCAGCGUCAGAGCGGAGCGGGGGUCGUCCCCUGGUCGCCCCCGCAGGUCAACUGGAACCCCUGGACCAGCAGUAACAUUGACGAUGGACCGCUGGCCUUCGUGAGUC